CCAAUCAACAUCGAGCUCCACUUCCAAUCACUUCCUUCCACAUCAGCUAAACCUGCCCACGAACAACGACAUCUCGCCACGUGGAAAAUCGCCCACAGCGGCGAUGAACUCUAAAAUAAUAAUGGCGGAAACAGCGAAACCUUUUAAAGUCUAAAGACGGAGUUCUCAAAGCCAAAUUGAGAAAAUUACAUCCCACAGCCAGACAUUCACAAACCGUAUAUUCCAAUCCCUCUAUCCGCCGUUGGAUUAGAAUCCAACGGCUGAAUUCACUCCUUGAAGUUUACGCCAUUUUCCCCCAUUUUUUCCCAGUUUAUGCCAUUUUCUCCGUUCAUCAGUCAUCAGAUCUCCGCCACAGAAAGCCAGCCAUGGCUUCUCUAGCCCUCACCUCCUCCUUAAACCUACGUCUCCGCCACACUCCGCCGCUAAAAGCCCGUCACUCACAAUCCCCUCCCUCCGCCGUCUCCCUAAAAUCCCGAUCCCUCCAUGCUUUCCACCAUUUGAGUGCUCCGAAGCUCAAUGUUACGAGAGUUUCCCGAGCUGAUAUCGGCCGGUGCCUUACAGUUAAGGCUGCUGCUUCUGGAGCUGCCUCGUCAUCUCCGUCACCUGCUCCGGUGGAAGUUAAGCAGGCUCCAGCAUGGCAGGGUGCGUCGAUGAAGCCAUUGAUUGCUUCAAUUGCGACCGGAGUUUUGCUUUGGUUGGUUCCGGCGCCUGCUGGUGUUUCCCGUAACGCUUGGCAAUUGCUGUCUAUCUUCUUAGCUACAAUUGUUGGGAUUAUUACUCAGCCUCUGCCUCUCGGUGCUGUGGCGCUCAUGGGUUUAGGUGCUUGUGUAUUGACUAAGACGCUUACAUUUGCCGGUGCGUUUUCUGCUUUCGGUGACCCGAUUCCGUGGUUGAUUGCACUUGCCUUUUUCUUUGCUAGAGGGUUUAUCAAAACUGGACUUGGGAAUAGGAUUGCGUACCAGUUUGUGAAGUUAUUUGGGAGUUCUUCAUUGGGUUUGGGUUACAGUUUGGUUUUCAGUGAAGCCCUUUUGGCACCUGCGAUCCCCUCGGUUUCGGCUCGGGCUGGAGGGAUCUUCUUGCCGUUGGUUAAGUCGCUCUGCGUUGCUUGUGGGAGCAAUGCAGGGGAUGGGACGGAAAGGAAGCUGGGAUCAUGGUUGAUGCUGACUUGUUUCCAAACUUCCGUGAUUUCCUCGUCUAUGUUCUUAACUGCUAUGGCAGCUAAUCCUUUGGCUGCCAAUUUGACGCUGUCUACUAUAAACAGACCCAUUGCUUGGAUGGAUUGGGCUAAGGCUGCCGUUGUUCCUGGCUUGGUCUCCUUGAUUGUGGUUCCGUUUCUUUUGUAUUUGAUUUAUCCUCCUCAAAUUAAGAGUAGCCCGGACGCUCCUAAGCUUGCCCAGGAACGCUUGGAGAAGAUGGGACCCAUGUCUAAGAAUGAAUGGAUCAUGGCUGCAACACUUGUUAUCACAGUGGGUCUAUGGGUUUUUGGAGGUGUACUCAAUGUGGACGCUGUAACUGCUGCUAUUCUUGGUCUGUCAGUUCUCCUUAUUACUGGUGUAGUCACAUGGAAGGAAUGCUUGGCUGAAUCAGUUGCUUGGGACACCCUGACAUGGUUUGCCGCUCUUAUUGCUAUGGCUGGAUAUCUAAAUAAAUAUGGCCUCAUCUCAUGGUUCAGCCAAACUGUUGUCAAGGUCUGCUUGUCCUUUUUCUUGCUUGUGUUUCCUAUUAGUUAUUAUAUGUAGUGCUUUUUGAAUUUGUCAAAAGUGUGAUUCCCAUUUGCAAUUUCAUUUCUUAUCAAAUUGUCCUUAAAGUUGUCUCCGUGUGACUUCAUGUUUCUUGAAACUCUGGUUCUCUACACUGUGUUUGCCAUUUUUUUUGUAAAAUUUAUGCUUCUAGAUGUAUGUUUUACACUUUGGUGCUUCCAUUCAUUUAUGGUCUUCGAUGAUUACUUCUUGGAGCCAGAUUAGAACUAUUAAGCUUCGAUUAUACAAUCAUCCAUUUCCACAACCUGUUUUUGAUACCUUCUUUCCACGUAUCUUUUGUAAUGUUGGAUCUCUGUCAGCGUUCAGGUUCAGCAACAGUAUCUAGAUAUUGAUAUGUUUGAAAUUUGAGAAAAUAAAUAGUCUUCCCGGUGGUUUGAUGUUGAGCUCUCUGCUAAUAAUUUAAUGUAUGUACUUCGUCAUAUUCAAUCUCUUCAUUUGAGUUAUUAGUGUCUUGACAUGCUUGAAAUGUGAGAAAAUAAAUUGGUUCUCCUGGAGCUUUACUAUUAUAAGCUCUCUGGUGACGCUUAAAUUUAUUGAUUUCAUCAUAUUCAUUCUUUUCUUUGAGUUGUCAUUACUCAUUUUCUUUCACCUUCCAUCAUAGGCCUGUAGAAUUUACAAUCACUGUGUAUUCUCGUGUUGCUCUCCAUUAUUUUGCUUUUUUUCUUGUCUCUUGUUUACCUAUAUUCAAAUGGUGGUGAUGGUUUCUUGCAAAAGAGAAAAAAAGAAAAUGCAAUUUUGUUUUCUCAUCCCAUGGCAGAAUGAAAUACUUCAAGGUUUUUGAGUUAUUGUCUUUGCCACUACUGUAAGAGAUGUAAUUGCUUUUAUUUAUGCUUGCACUUGUGUUGAGGAAGCACAGACUUUUUCCAUUUUUCUCUUCAUUUUCUAAGUUGUGGUUGAUGUAACCUGACUAACACAAGUUCAUGCGUUUUCUUGCAGUUUGUCGGAGGACUAGGACUGUCUUGGCAGCUAUCUUUUGGCAUUCUUGUUCUUCUCUACUUCUAUUCUCACUACUUUUUCGCUAGUGGAGCAGCUCAUAUCGGUGCAAUGUUCACUGCCUUCUUAUCUGUCGCUAGUGCUCUGGGCACUCCAUCCUACCUGGGUGCAUUGGUUUUGUCCUUCCUUUCCAACCUUAUGGGUGGGCUCACACAUUACGGAAUAGGAUCAGCCCCAGUGUUUUAUGGUGCUGGCUAUGUGCCGCUUGCACAAUGGUGGGGUUACGGAUUCAUCAUUUCGGUAGUCAAUAUUCUGAUCUGGCUUGGAGUUGGCGGCUUCUGGUGGAAGUUCAUCGGAUUGUGGUAGAGAUUUUGGUUAUAGAACUUGCUGAUACUUCUUUUGCUAUCUGUUUUAGGCCAUCGACAACAACUUGGAGGUACUCAGUUACUGUUUAGAUGGGAUGCUCAUUGUGAAACCCUUGAUUCUUUUUGCCAAAUAAGAUUUGUGUAGUAGACUUAAAGGAAGAGGAAAUUAUGAUAAGAGGGGAUACAGAUAUGGUGUGAUACUGUGAUGUGAAUUACAGCUGAGGCAUUUUGUAGUUAAAAUUUUGACGAUGCGUUGGAGCUCAAAAUUUGUAACCCUUAUGAUUGAGACUUGAGACUUAACUGUCUUUUCUCAUUCUGGAAACCACUUGAAUAUUUACAGAAUUUCUUCGAUGCUACUUCGCUGAGGUCUUGUAUUUUUCCACUCUCUGAUUAACUCCAUACAUCAGCUGCGAAUUUAUCUUCUGCCAAUUGAUCAAUGUAUAACAUUUUUCACUACUCCCUCUGUCCAAAUCCACCAUGCCAUCGCUAUUCCAUCAAUACUAUUAUUGUCGUAGUUGCAACUUCACUGGUGAUAAUGGUGGCAACGACGAGGUUUAAUUAGUCGGUGGUGUAAUGGUGGCAACAUAUUUAAUGUAUCUAAUUGAUUAAAACGUCUAGCCAGAUAAUAUUACCACAAUAUUACCA